AUGGCUUCUUCCAUGUAUACCAACCAAGGCGGACCAGCUAUCAAUGGGAGCCAUGCGAUGGUUGGUUUCAGCAGAACCUCCGAGCAUACUCUCAGUAAUCUCUCCCGUUGGAGUAUUCAGAAUAAGUCGCUACCCAGACCAGACACCAUCAAGACCAUCCAUGUCUAUGAUUUUGAUAACACACUGUUCAUGAGCCCUCUCCCGAAUACAAGAAUAUGGACCUCGCCCACACUUGGUCUUUUACAGCGGCAAGGGUGCUUCAUGAGUGGAGGAUGGUGGCACGACUCACGUUUCCUGGCUGCCACUGGUAAAGGUCUCUCGAUUGAAGAGGAUCUUGCAUGGGAAGGCUGGUGGAACGAACCAAUUGUCGACCUUGUAGAGCUUUCAAGAAAACAAAAUGACGCUCUCACAAUUUUACUUACCGGCCGUUCAGUCAGCGGCUUCUCAGAUCUUAUCCAACGAAUGGUCGCAAGUAAAGGACUGGAUUUCGACAUAAUUGCUCUCAAACCAGGAACUGGUCCAAAUUUGGAACAUAUCAGAAGCACAAUACUUUUCAAGUGUAUGUUCUUAGAAGAUGUUCUCAAUACAUACCACGGUGUCGAAGAGAUUAGAGUUUAUGAAGAUAGAGUAAAACACGUUAGAUCUUUUGAGGAAUUCUUCGCUCAAUAUAUAUUGACAAGCCCAAGGGGCCCUGGGGAGAAGCCGUUAGUAGCGGAAGUGAUCCAAGUUGCUGAAAUAGCUAAAACGCUUGACCCUAUCAAGAAGAAUGUCUUUUAUACAGGUUAUCUCCUAUCGCCGUCUACAACAUCGAAUCUACUAAAAAAUCUACCUCUUGCCAACGAGCCGGGAAUGAAAUUUCUGGCCAAUAAUAUCCUUAUCACACCCAGGCCAGCAAAUCAACAAAUUCUUUCAAGAGUUGGAGGAAUAGGUAAUAAAGUCGAUUUCGAUGUUUUUGAGUGGGGAUGUUGGGAAAAUAAAGUAUGGGCUGCGCGUGUAAGACCUUCUGAUCGUGAUAUACCGAUCUAUACUGAGAGUUCAACACCAAUCAUCGUUUUGGCUUUACGCGGCUGGGAUGCUAGGCCCGCUGAUACCCAAAAGAUUACAAACUGGCAGCCACUCCCCGAAAACCAGGUGCUAAGGAUAAGCACAAUCGUCGGAGAAAAAUUGCUGCUUCGAAUCGAGGAGAACACUCCAGAAGCCGAUAACUAUAGAUCAUUCCACCAUCAAUCAAGGCGUGGGGUACCCAGCCGCCACAUCGGUUCCAAUCGUGGCGGAAGGGGUCAUAGAGGUAAGGGGCAGGGUGGGCGGGGUGGUGGAGGAGGAGGCGGCAGGAUUCACCAUGGAGGUUUCUCGCGACCCUUUAAUGCCCAAGACAUGUCCUUUAUGACUGAGCUCUACGAAUAA